GUUGUUUCUUGGUCGCCUUCUGUGUCAAGGUGGAACGACAUUUUGAGAAAACAGCACUGGGGGAAGAGAGAAAUAACUAUGUCUUCUUUAGGAAGGGCCAUGGGUGUCCUUAGGGCCGGGAUGCAGCUUCUUACACGUGGACCUCAGAAAAUAGUAACCCGAAAAGCUGGUGGUGGACCACACAUAGAGGCCCAGUACAGGCAAUUCCCACAACUCACCAAGAGCCAGACAUUCCAAGCUGAGCUCCUCAGCAGUGCCAUGUGGUUCUGGAUCCUGUGGCACUGCUGGCAUGACCCAGAUGCAGUGAUGGGUCACUUCCCAUGGCCUGAUGCAUCCGAAUGGACAGAUGAGGAACUGGGGAUCCCAGCUGACGAUGAGGAAUGAGGUGCCCUCUACCCCCAGACCUUGUGUGUGUGCCCAGUCGCUACCCGAGUCUACCUGGUGGUCACAACGGUGUCCCGAGAGGCUUUGUUGUACAUAGACCAAGAAAUAAAAUUCAAUUUAUUCUGAAACAUA